CAUCAUAUAAUCCUCUAAUUAUUUAGGUAUUCUUUAUUUUCUUCCCAACAACGUUGUAUGAUUUCCAGUGUAGAGAUCUUGCACCUCUCUUACUAGAUAUAUUCCUUGGUGUUUUUUGGUUUGGGCACUAUUUUAAAUGCUCUUUUCAAAAGUUUAUUUUCUAAUUGUUUAUUGUCAGUAUAUAGAGUGCAGUUGAGUUUGGGUGGCAGUUUAUUUAAUUGUGAUAAAAUAUACCUAACAGAAAAUUUUCCACUUUAACCAUUUUUAGGUGUAUAGUUCAGUGACAUUAAGUACAUUCACACUAUUGUACAACCACCAUUGAUUUUUCAUAUCAACUGUAUUGAGAUGUAACUUAUAUGUGUUUAAAAUUCACCACAUUUAGGUGUACACUUCAAGAAGUUUUGAUACAUAUGUCCACAUCUAGAACAUUUCAAACGCCCCCCAAGGGUCACAUAUUUCCCUUUACAUGUGAAGAAACAGAGACCCUAAAAGUUAAGCAAAUUGCCUAAGGAAAUGUUGGUAGGGAGGUGCAGUGUCUUGUCUGGAGCCAAGCUGCCACCUUCUGAUUCUUAAGCAUUAUUCUUUGCAUGUCUUCACCAUCCAUGAUGAAAUACCCUGAAAAAAAUAACCACGUCCAGCAGAAGAGAAACACCCCUUCUUUAUUCCUUACAGAAACAUCAGCAGCCAUGGGUACCUCAUUGUCACUAAAGUACUGCCCAGCAACCAUGCAUCCCUCAUCCCCUGUAGAGGACUCCACAACAUCCUCUAGAAGGGACUCAGCAUGGCGUAUGCCCACUGCAUCCAAGAACACCUUUGAGGGGUCCCUGCAAAGAGCUGGUAAGGUUUUUGCAGAAGAUAUGCUGGGCACUCUGAAGGCCCUCAAAAUCAAGAUGCAGAACAAGGAGUUGGCCAAUGGGUAGUGCCAGAUGGUGGCAGAUAUAACCAUCUUAUAUCUGAAAAGAAUGAAGCCACAGGGAGAACUGGAGGGUGCAUGUACAUCACUCCUGGCUCUGGGGUAUCACAGCAUAGAAAUGAUCAUCCAUAUGCUGUUCUAUGACGUCGAGGCAGACAGAAUGCCCCCAAGGAGCCUGCUGCUGGCACCUGAGCAACUCAGUCUGCACCCAGGCAUAGAGAAUUACCGGGAUGCCACGUGGGCCCGUAUCCUGAGCCUGCUGAGGAAGAGUGACAAGGAGAAGGACAUGCUGUUGCUGUGUCAGGUGCUCCAUGGACUGGCCACCAGUGCCCAGGCUGUCCUGGACGAUGCCUCUCUGCAGGAGGGAGCGAUGACCAGAGCGUUCAUCAAAGUGGCCACCAAGGCUGACAAAACCCUCCAGGUUUUCUUCCGCCAUCAGCCCCUGGCCAGCAAAAGCCAGGUGGCAGAGAAAGCUCUAGAGACCACUGGCCACCUCUGCUGUCUCCUGCAACUCUCAGAACGUGAGAGGCUGGUGUACUCGUUAACUGGAUGGUUAACGACGUUGACAACCACACCAGUGAGGCCGCUCUACAUCUGCAAGAAACUCAGUUGUGCCCUGAAGGUUGUCAAGUUGGUAUUGGCAGCAGCAGUCAGGGGAGUGGUGUCCCAUGCAGAUGACCUCCACUUCUGGGACCUUCUUCCCAGCUCCACGUCUUUCUACACUUGGGUCAUGGACCUGAUAAGCUCCUCUGUCACCCAUCGGUGGCCCAGAGCCUGAUGCACAAAUCUCUGGGUAUUGUCACCCAGUGGGUCAAUGACCCCAAUGUCAGCAUGGUGGGAAUCGGCCUGCGGGGCAUCAGCAACCUGGCCCUGCCCCCAGGACAGGUCCACGAGGGCGAAUACCAGCUGGUGGGGCAGUGACUGUCCCAGAGCCUUGAGUUCCUGGAGAGCCCACAGACCUCCCUCAGGCAGCUGCCCUCAAUUUCAUAGGAUACACACUGAGAAACAUUGACGUGAGCCGCGUCCGUGAGGAGGACGUGCAGGUGAUCAGGACUGCACCUGAAUAUAUUCUAUCAGCUUUGACAUGCAAGUAUACUUCCAGGGACACACAGAAAAGAGUUGGAGAAUCCUGUGAACCAAACUGCAUUAAAGGCCACUGUUGAUGGAAAAGAAAUGGUUACCAUGAAGAAACUUGAUUUUUCCAAAGACAGAAUUCUAAUGGCCCUGGCGUUGGCGCGAGAUCUAAAUGGUGGAAGCGGCGGUUCCAGCCGCUCCCUGAGGCGUCCUGAGCCUGGCCGGGUCUCUUCUCUUGCUGGCCUGGUCUCCGCGGCAGCCAGCAGGCGACAGGCAUCGAGAAGGAGGCCUGAAGCCUGUGGAUGGACACUGCGGUGCUGAAGAGGCCAGA